GAUUCCAAAGGCUCCUAGGAUCUUCCCAAAGUUGUCCAGAUACAAGCAGCUCAUCCUUUGGCCGAGAUUCUUUCAUAAUUUCUCAUUUAAAACCUAACGGCUAGUUUUCUGAUUUUUAGCAAGUUUUCUGUUUUUGUUUCGCUUUCUAAGCCUUGUACUGAGCAUUAUAUAAGCUCAUUAGAUAUCACAUUGUAAGGCACGAAUUUUCUACCCAAGAAUUAAUAAACUUCUUAGUUUCUUUUCUUGAAAGUCUUUGUGUCUUUGAGAUAUAUUGAUCAUCAAGUCUUGUGUGGAUUCACUUGUCUUAGUGAUUGGUGAUUGAGACUGCUUGUGGAAUCAGGUUGUUCUUCUUCGUGGUUGAUUGUGGAAUCAGUGAACACCUUGUUCUGUCCGAGAUCAUCAUCAUCACUCCCAUCCAGCCGAUUUUAUAUUCGAUUAGAUCGAUUAGAAGAACCACCCCUCUUGUUGGAUCAAUCAUCACUUUGAUCCAAGGUGCUUGUAAUCCUUAGACAGCUUAGGACUACAUCAUUUCUGGUAUCAGAGCUGAAGUUCCUUCAGCAUCAGGUUUUGUCUAUCCUUAUCUUUUUUAUUUGAAAUCAUUUUUAGUUUCAUUUGUUUUUGCAUUCAUAAAUCAAAAAGCCAUAAAAAUCGUUUGUUCUUUGUUUCAUCUAGUUCUGUUUUGCAUUAAAAAACCCCAUAAAAAGUGUGUUCUUCAUUACUGUCCAGUUUAGUUGCUGCUAUAUAUUUAUUUUCAUUCAUAAAAAUCAUAAAAACUUGUUAGUAAAGUUGCAAUCCGAGAUUUCCAUUUUUUGUCAAGUUUUCAAAAGCUUUCCAAUUCUGGUCGAUCCAAACUUACUGCUUUCCUAAAACUUUGCUUGCAAACUUUAUUCUCCUUUUCUUUGUUAUUUGAUUUUCAAAAAAAAAAAACAAAACAAAAGACAAAAAAAAGAGCUUUAGUAGUUUUUAUUAUAUCCCUUUUUAAGUUCAAAAAAAAAAAAAAUAGAAAUCAGAGAACUUCCAUUUGGUUCUUAGUCUGUUAUUUUCCUUUCCUUUAACUUGUUUGUUACACGUUUCAUUUAAGUAUUUCUCUCUGAAUACUUUCUUCUUCUUCUUGCGAGAUUUUUUCCUAAAACUUGGUAGACAUGGCGACUGAAGAAGAAGCUGAUGAGUACAAUAUUUCUGAAGUUGAUUGGGGUGAAGAACCGGGAUACUCAUGGGAAGAUCAAAACUAUGGAGAUGGCUCUGAAGAAAACGACCAGUGUAGAGAGUCAUGGACUGAAGAUGGACAUGAGGAAGAACUAUGUCGUAGGGAGCUUGAUUCCAAACCACCAGACCACUACACGAGCCAUACCAUCAACAAGAGCUAUUCUAAACCUUGGAUAAAAUUUACAGAUAAAUUUUAUGACAAUAUCCCAAGAGUUUUAACUAAAACACUUGUGUCUUUUUCAGGAAAAGAGAACUAUUCCAGAUGGGAAGAAGGCAUGGAAAAUUACUUUUGGGAGUACAGAGUUCCUGAACACAAGAAGCUGUCCAUAGCAUUAGACGCCCUUGUUGGAGAAGCUUACCAAUGGUGGCUUCAAGAGGAGAAAUGCCGAAUCCACUUCAAGGAACCAACUCCAGAUUGGGAAUAUGUCAAAGGGCUGAUGUAUGAGCACUUCGAGAUGAGGAGAUUGCCCCCAAGGGCCUGUCCAAAACCUUUGGUUAAACUGAAACCGAAAAAGCUACAUGAGCAUGAGUGGGAAGAGGACACGGAAAAGUACUUCAAGUGCAACUCCAUUCCAAAGAGGGAAUACUUGUCCUAUGGUCUAGGACAGCUCACCGAAAAGGCUCAAAGGUAUUGGAACAGAGAAGAGAAGUAUAGGGAACAAUUCCAAGAGCCUCCUAUACGCACUUGGGAGCAAUUCAAGGGGGUCAUGAGGGAUAGAUUUGCACCUCACAGACCUACACAACACGCUCAGAAGGUGUCUACAAAGAGAGUAGUACAACCCCAAUUCUUGCAGCCAACAAACCGGAGGCAAAGCUCAAAACCAAUGCAUACACCUCAAGUCAAGCGAACACAAGCUGGAUCUUAUUCUGUUUCUAGUAAUUCCAUGACUGUCUUAACACACUUGUCUAGUGUCCAAAAGGUUGAAAAUAUUUCAGGUACUAACAUGGAAAUCAAGGAACAAGAACCCGACCUUGCUGUGCAGAGCAAGUCCACGACUUGAAAUUUUUCAAUUCCCAACUAAUGAUAAAGUGAUUUCUGAACUUAAUGUGAAUAAUCCUACUUAUCAAAACACUGGUAUGAUGCACUUGCACUCUGUCCAGAAUGUUGAUGAAGGUCUAGGUAAGGAGAGGCCACGUCCAGAAGCUCACCAACCUGAAGUGUAUGAGCAAUAUACCAUAGAGACUUUCUCACCAGCCGAUCAUGCUUUAAAGAUGACAAAAACCAAUGCAAGAUGCUAUAAGUGAUAACAGAGAAAGUAAACCUCUAAAUAUUAUUCAACACUCGGUUUUAGAAUCCUCCACUUCAAGUAUGAAACACUUGCUCUUGCCCAUAAGUGUUAAUUCAGGUAUAGGUACAAUGGAGAAGAAUCCAGCACCAAACUCAAAAUCUUACACCCAAAGAGUGGUAAAUGGAGAAACCAAGAGUGAAACAAGAUAUUUCACAAAGGAGACCACUCUCCUGCUAAGGAAAAACAUAGACCGAACAUGUAGAGGGGACAUAGCUUCACUACUGAUCAAAGAAAAACCACCAGAUCGACAUUGCAUCACAAAACCGUCCAUAUACGAAGGUAAGACCCUAGCCUCUCAAAAUAGAAUGAAACCUAACUUGCUCUAUCUUGGUGCAGAUAAAUUGGUUUUGAGGACAAAACCCUUUGAAGAGGGAGGGAAUGAUGAGGACCUCAAGUCAGUAACUGGACCACCAGCUCAUAAGAUCAACCAUACAAGCUACAUUGGAGCCAGCAUUGACAUAGAUGCAUCCAAAGAAGGAUAUCUUUGCGACCAUGAGAAUUUUGGCCGGGAAACCACUUCCUAUAGAUUCUCAACUCAACCAGAGCACGCGGCGAAUUGGUUUCACACCAAAAGGAUUAGUGGUUUAGGAGAUACACCAUUUACAAGUCAGGCUACCUACACUGCAUCCGAACUGGUUCUAUUCAAGGAAAGUAAUUCUUUGCUUAAGAAGUGUGCAACUCAAACUCACGUGUAGAAAAAAGGAGAUCUGUCAUUACAUCUAAGACCACUUGAAGAGUUGAUACCAUGAACUAAACCUCACUGGAUCAGCCAGAUUCUUCACCAUUCCAACUUACCAAUUUUGGAGCUGAUUUGCAAUAAAACCCAACAGCUCUUUCUCUCUAUGAUUGCAAGCACUUUGGCGAUUUGUUCUAUCAACCAUAAGAUCCCAAAGGCUCCUAGGAUCUUCCCAAAGUUUUCCAGAUACAAGCAGCUCAUCCUUUGGCCAAGAUUCUUUCAUAAUUUCUCAUUUAAAGCCUAACGGCUAGUUUUCUGAUUUUUAGCAAGUUUUCUGUUUUUGUUUAGCUUUCUAAGCCUUGUACUGAGCAUUAUAUAAGCUCAUUAGAUAUCACAUUGUAAGGCAUGAAUUUUCUACCCAAGAAUUAAUAAACUUCUUAGUUUCUUUUUUUGAAAGUCUUUGUGUCUUUGAGAUAUAUUGAUCAUCAAGCCUUGUGUGGAUUCACUUGUCUUAGUGAUUGGCGAUUGAGACUGCUUGUGGAAUCAGGCUGUUCUUAUUCGUGGUUGAUUGUGGAAUCAGUCAACACCCUGUUCUGUCAGAGAUCAUCAUCAUCACUCCCAUCCAGCCGGUUUUAUUGUCGAUUAGAUCGAUUAGAAGAACCACCCUUCUUGUUGGAUCAAUCAUCACUUUGAUCCAAGGUGCUUGUAAUCUUUUGACAGCUUAGGACUACAUCAAGAGAGGCGGUCUCCUGUCUCGUUGAGCCCUGGUUUGGGAGACGAGACAGAUGCCAAAUCUCGCAAGCGACGCCGGUCGUCAAAGGG